UUGUUCUGAAAACUGCCACACUAAAGACAACAAAUGGAAGCGUUUUGAACCUAUUUUGUAUUACAAGACUUAAAAUUUCUUUUGAUGCAUUUGUUGCGCUCGAUUGUCCGCAAUUUAACUGCAUUAAUAUGGACUGUGCGGAUCUGAUGGCCUUCGAAGAUGGCGACGAAAUCGAGCCGUGUCGUGCAUGCGGCAUUUAUUUCCUAUUAAAUCAUUCUAUUAUCCGGCCCAUUUUCACAAAACCCGAUGCCGGUGACAACUUCAAUGGCCAAAUGUCUGAUAUAGUUCAGCAAAUGAGUGAUUGGAAUCUACAGGUGCUGCAGAACGAUGGACGUCCUCAGUAUAUGUGCAAAUCGUGUAUUCUGGAAUUUCAAAAGGUUCUGCAGUUCAAGCGCAGCUGCCUGGAGACACAGCAGCAAUUUGAUACGCUGGAGUAUACGCGAGCGCACAAUGGUGUAAUCAUCAAAAAGGAAAUCCAAACGGAACAGACUUUCUGCGGUUUUGUUUACCUCGACACUGAUGACGAAGAAGGCAGCGAAGAGGAUGGCAGCACACGCGUGUGUGCCCCAUUGGAUAUCCCCCAUGUACCCAUUAAAAUGGAGCAUGCAGCUCGAGUGCCACUGGAAGCGCCACCCAUUCAGCCACCCGCAUCUAAUGUUGCGAGCGAUCUGCCAGAGGAGGCCACCUUCGCAAAGAUUGAACCCAAAGAACUGGCUGUUGCAAAUGGCGUAAGUUCUACAAUAUUCGAAGCUGAUGCUGCAGAGGAUGACAGCCAGGAGAGUGAUGAUGAAAUCAUUAAAUUCACAUACGACGAUCACUCCGAUGAGGAAGAGUUAACAAUGCUUCCAGCGCCCAUCCAGGAGCCGGGAGUCUUCUGUAAACUGUGUGGACACGAGUCGCUCUCACAGGUCGGGCACACAGAACACAUGAGUCGCAUACAUAUGCUCAAAGAUUGCGAGUGUCACAUAUGUGGCAAGAAGUUUGUAAAUGCCCCCGAAUCUCGCCUCAGAUUUCACAUGAAAUGGCAUAAGCUGCAGAAACAUCUGAAAUGUCCAAUUUGUGGCUUCUUUUGUAACUCAAAGGACACUUUGAAGCAGCAUAAAUUGGCUGUGCAUACGAGAACGAAAUGUGAAUACUGUGGCAAAGUACUAAAGCACCAGCAACUACAAGCGCAUUUAAACCGGCAUAUUGAAGCACACGAAGAGGAGUUGGCCCUCAAGUUGCGAGCAAUGCAAGCAAUAGAAACGCCAGUAAAACCCAGCCAAGAGACAUGUUUGAUUGGGUGCGCCUUUUGUGAAAACACAUUCAGCGAUGCCGAGCAACUGGAAGAGCACGUACUGAACAUGCAUAGAGGACCGACCACACCUGAAGAACUGGAUCCUGGCGAUACAUCCUUAACUUAUUCUCAAGAUGAUACAAGCCAAGAUACCGCGGCAGAUGACAGUACGAAUGUCAGUCAGCAUUCCGACACAACUGUGGGAUCAAACAAAUCAAUGUUCGAAUGUCAUAUUUGUAACAAAUCGUUCAACUUGACAAUUAAAUUAAAUCGUCAUCUCAAGAAACAUGCAAUGGCGUCCGACUGAAGUAAACGAAGAAUCAAU